AUGGUUUCAUCACAAGAACUCGAGACGGCCAUCAGGCAAAAAGUGCAAGACGUCUCGACUCUGGUCGUUUCCGACGUAUCGGGCGGCUGCGGGCAAGCUUACGAUGUAGUGAUUGUCUCUGAUGCUUUUUCCGGACUCAACACUCUGAAACGUCAUCGAAUGGUCAACGAACUGCUCAAGGAUGAGAUUGCGCAGCUGCACGCCUUCUCCCAAAAAACCUACACCGUGGCUCAAUACGCACAAAUGUCGUCUUCUUCCAACAACGCCUCUGACGCACCUGCUCCUUCGAGCACAAAACCUUCGACUGCGGAUCUGCAAGCACCUGCACCGAUCACCUCCAUGCGCCCAUCUCACAACCGCACCGCUUCUGGUGUCUCGAUUCCCGAACUGACGUUGACGACCGACGACGAAACGCUUUCGGGUCUCUCGGCUGGGAACGCUGGAAAACCUUUGGGCGCAGGUGCUCAACCGGGCGGAUCCACGCAAUACCCCGGAACAGCUGUUCCACCACCGCUCAGCCCGAGCAUCUCGCGUCUUCACGAAAAUCGCAUCAGAUCCACCGAAUUCUGGACUGGCCUUAGGAGCUAUCUGGAAUUGCAAUUCUCAGGUCCUAAUGUCGAAGCUGGUGCUGCCAGUCCAGGUCCAUCCAGCAGAAGUCCCGGUGAUGCAGAGAUUGAACGCAUCUUUGAAGACUUUUUCUUGAGCCAGAAGCACCAUUUGACCGCUAGCGACGUGGCCAAAGUCAGAGACGCUACAGGUAUGUUUGGUAUGGCCGGCGUCUAA